CACAGCAUCAUUCCUCGGAGAACACCACAUCACAAUCAACUGAUCUUUUUCUGUUAACUGAUCAUAGCUAUCAUAUACUUCAUUCCUGCGAGUCGAAAAGAGAGCUACGUUAUAAGUUAUUUUGUUUUCGUUUAGUGUUGAUAAAGUAAGAAUGGGGUUAGAGAGGAAAGCGUACGGUUUGGUUUUGGUAUCUUUGGUACUUAUGGCUAUUGCAACGAUGUGUUGUGUCCAAGCUACGAUCGAGGAAGAAGCGGCUAAGGAUGAAUCAUGGACUGGUUGGGCCAAGGAAAAAAUCGGUCUCAAGCACGAAGACAACGCCCAACACACCGUCGAAGACGACGCUUGGAGAGCGAGUGAAAAAAUCAAGGACGACGCAACUCAUCACACCGUCCAGGACGACGCUUGGAGAGCGACUGAAAAAGUCAAGGACGCAAAAGACGAGGCUAAGCGUAAAGCAGAGGAAGCAGUUGGAGCGGCGAAGGAUAAAGCGGGGUCGGCUUACGAGACAGCUACAUCGAAAGCUAGCGAGGGUUUGGGUUCUGUGAAGGAUAAGGCCUCGGAGAGUUACGACUCAGCUGGUCAAGUCAAAGAUGACGUGUCUCACAAGUCAAAGAAAGUCAAAGACAGCUUGUCGGGAGAUGAGAACGAUGAGUCUUGGACUGAUUGGGCAAAAGAGAAAAUCGGAAUCAAGAACGAAGACAGUAACCCUAACUUGGGAGAUACGGUUUCCGAGAAGGCUAAAGAAGCUAAGGACGCUGCUAAACGCAAAGUGGGCGAUGCUAAGGAGAAGUUGGAGGAAACGGCUGAGGCAACGAAAGAGAAGGCGAGCGAUAUGACGAAGGCGGCUAAGGAGAAGGCGGAGAAGUUGAAGGAGAAAGCAGAGAGAGAUAGCAAGAGUGCGAAGGAGAAAAGUAAGGAAAGCUACGAGACUGCGAAAUCAAAAGCCGAUGAGACUUUGGAAUCUGCAAAAGAUAAGGCGUCGCAGAGUUAUGACUCAGCUGCACGUAAAUCAGAGGAAGCUAAAGAUACCGUGUCACACAAGUCAAAACGUGUCAAAGAGAGCUUGGCCGACGAUGAAGCGGAGCUUUAAAAAAAUAGACGAAAAAUAAUCGUCGAUGUGUUGAACACUGUUGAGAUGUUGAUGUUGUUUUCUUGUUCAUGAUCUUUUUAUAUGUAAUCAUGGUCGAAUCUUUUCAUGUUUUUUUUUUUUUGGUUUCGUAGUGUAUAUGCUGAUCUCUUGAGAUAUAUACACAUAUCGUACCUUAUGAAUAAUGAGUCCAUGCGUAAAUAGUCUA